AUGCGAUUCUUCAGCCUCGGCACCUCAAAGAGCCGAUAUUUAGGCCUAUUUUGUGGCGAUGUUAAGCAGGCAGUGUGGAUAGCCAACCACAACAGUCCAAUUGCUGAUGCAUCGGGGAGCUUUGUGAUCGACACAUGGCAAUCUGAAGUUGAUUUACACGGGAGGCAAUAUUCGGGAGUUUCUUGGAUAAGUGGUGAAGUACCAGCUGCAGGAUCAUUUACCAUUGGUGGAGACCCAAAUGGCACAAAACAGUUGACGAUGUGGUGGCAGGGGAAUGUUCAAUGGAAAAUACUACAGAAUAGGUACAUCAGGCAUCAUGAUGGGGAGUGGAUUAGAUCAUUUGGGGAUUGCUCUAUCUCGGGGAAGCUGGAUAUAGGAUGUGUGAAGAAGACAUUGCCCGAGCGUAGGAAGGCUAAUUUUGGAUUCAAUAAUAAGAUAGGUAGCAUUGGUGGUGAUAGUAACAGAUUUGGCAACAACUACAACAUGAGCCUCACUGACAAUAACCAGAUUCCACGUCUGGUCCUGCAACAGAUAGGGAGAUUUACUUGCUUAUGGGAAGAGAAAGUAAUUGAAAGCUCAGAGCAAAAGGUAUGGAGAAAGAGAAAAAUCGAGCACUGCUACAUGGUUUGGAAGACACUAACUCCUCCAGGAAAACACAGCAAACCUGGUGAUAAAAUUGGCAAGAAGAUGAGCCAACUUAACUUUUACAGCCUUGAGAGCAUUUCCAGGGCUACAAACAAUUUCUCCACUGCAAAUAAGCUCGGAGAGGGGGGCUUUGGGCCAGUUUAUAAGGGAACAUUACUUGGUGGACGAGAGAGAGCUGUAGAAAGACUUUCAAGAAGCUCGGGAAAAGGACUGACAGAGUUCAAAAAUGAGAUACUGCUGAUAGUCAAACUCCUACGUACUAAUCUUGUUAGGCUUUUAGGAUGCUGCAUUCAAGGGCAAGAAAAGAUUUUAGUAUAUGAAUACAUGCCCAACAAAAGCUUAGAUUUACUCCUCUUUGAUCCCAGCAGAAGAAAAUUGAUAAAUCGGACCAACCACAAGAACAUUAUAGGAGUUGCUCAAGGACUACUUUUAACAUCACAAGUACUCAAGGUUGAAGCGAAGCGAAACCCUAACCCACCCUAUAUUCCAAACAUGUCUUCCAAGCAAGGUGGGAAAGCAAAGCCUUUGAAGGCGCCAAAGGUUGACAAGAAAGAUUACGACGAGGAUGACAAGGCUUUUCUUCAGAAGAAGAAGGAAGAGGAGAAGGCUCUGAAGGAGCUUAAAGCAAAGGCUCAAAAGGGAGCACUUGGAGGUGCAGGGCUGAAGAAAAGUGGAAAGAAAUGA